GGUGGAUGGUUUAAGGCCAACUCUCGCACUGCUAGGUAGAAGUUUAUAUGAUAAUCGAAGCACUGUGGUAGCUAUAUAGCGGAGUAGGAUAGUUGAAGACCGACAGUAUUGAACAUGUGGCAAGAGGGGAGUGACGUAUUUGUUCGCUAGUGUUUAAGCAUGUGCUAGUGUGUUCAUUUCUUUUUGCUGGAUUAUAAUUUACAUUAGCAACAAAGGAAUAACUAAUAAAACUUAUUAAAAAUAGUGACAAUUGGAUUUUAACACCUAACAUCAAAAUUUGAAAAUCAAAGACCAAAGAAUAAACCAGAGAAAACUACAAUAGCAGCCGUGCCAACAACAACAUAAGCAACCAACUUGGGAACAAUAACAGCAGCAUACCAAAGGAACCAUCUUACCUAUUGUACCUCUUUUACUCCAAGUAAGAACAACUGCAGCCAAAUCACCAGCAACAUUACGGUCUGAAACGUCCCACAGACAAGCACCACCAUUCAGCGUGAAGGCCCCAUCAGAUAACAUCAACCCAGCUCUUGCGUGGUCCAGAUGGAUGUGUCUAUAGGCAUCAAGUGCGAACCUUCGAGUCCUCUUACUCUUAGCCAUUGCUCCCAACCCAACUUUGACGAAGGAUUCGGGCGCGACUUGUUCAGUGACUAUACAGGCAAUGACGACCUGGGUUCCGACAGAUCCUUUCCCGAUGAUAGUUUAGAUAAUGGAUUUGACAGUGGGGAUCUCUCCCCAACCAGUUUAGAUGACAGCAAGUUGGACUUCGGUAGUCACGUGUUCAACUAUGGUAUUGACAGUAUUGACGUGGACUCCGGUUACACCGGAGACAGCGGCGAGAGCAGCGGAGAGGUUUCCCCGUGUAGUGUAGAGAACAACCACCAUCAGUACUCCAAGGUGGAAUACUGCUCGAGUACAAACUAUGAUAAUGACGUGAGUGAAGGACAGAAGAAACUGUGUCUAGUGUGUGGGGAUAUAGCCUCAGGUUUUCACUAUGGCGUCUCGUCGUGUGAGGCGUGCAAGGCUUUCUUCAAACGAACUAUACAAGGGAACAUCGACUACUCCUGUCCAGCCAAUGGUGAUUGCGAAAUAACAAAACGUCGGAGAAAGGCUUGCCAGGCGUGCAGAUUUCAAAAAUGCCUCUUUGUAGGAAUGCUCAGGGAAGGUGUGCGUCUGGAUCGUGUUCGUGGUGGCAGACAGAAGUACAAGCGCUCGCCUGACAGCUACCCUUAUGUCCAACAGAUCUUUCCCAUCGUGAAGAAACAGUGUUUAGACAAUGCCAUCAACAACCACUCAUAUAGCACGAAACGUUAUGUUUCAGUUGUGGACAACAAAAUUCUCCAACAGUUGGUCAGCAUAGAAGGACAGCUUGAGAAACUGUACGCGCGGGCGGACCCAAGCGUUCGUGACGAUGAGUGCAAAUUUCUAACAGUUUUGUCUGACCUCGCCGACCGAGAACUUGUCAUUACAAUCAGCUGGGCCAAACAGGUUCCAGGUUUCGCCAGCCUGAGCCUUUCGGAUCAGAUGAAUCUCCUGCAGCACUCCUGGCUAGAGAUAAACCUUCUUAACCUUGUGUAUAGGUCCAGUCCUUACCACGGCAUCCUCAGGAUUGCAGAAGACUACAAGCUGACGUCAGAGCAGGCGGAGAAAUAUGGGUGUUCCCGCGAGCUUGACACUCUCACCAGGAAGAUGUGCAAGAAAUUCACGAGUCUAAACAUCACGCGUGAGGAGUACCUUCUUCUCAAGAGUAUCAUUCUCUUUAACAUUGAUGUAGUAACAGAGCGCAGUGAUGCAGGCAAGUCGAUUCAGGAGAAGCUUCAUGAGUCUCUCACCGAUUACGUCAAGUCUCGCAGCAAUGGCGGGCUGAAACGUGUUGGCCAACUGUACCUUCUCUUGCCAGCAAUGACCCACCUGAAACUUCUCGCCAAGCAGUACUGGUUUGAUGUGAAAAAGAGUGGGAAAAUCAUGAUGCACAAACUGUUUCUUGAAAUGCUCGAAGCGGACAGCUGAUGUCAGCUUAUCAGCUAGAUCUGUGCUAUUGAUUGUUGGGACUUCAGACUUCAUUACCUUGAGUGCCAGUUGUGAGCAAAAGGGGCUCUUCUCCCUAUAUGUGAACUUGAAAAGUGCGAGUUAUACUACAACCUUACAAAAUGUUACUAUGCUACAAGAAAAAAUCUUCAGUUAUAAGCUUUUAAUUAGAAAUUUGAUUUUGUAGAAUCAAGUGUCAAUGUAAUAAUCUCUAGUAGGCGAAUUCAGGAAUUGAAAUAAUUCAAUGUUACAGAAAUUGUUUCAACGAUGAGGAAUACAUAUACAAUUCCUGGUUGCACUCAGAUAUAGGAAACUAUUGCACUAACAAGAUAUCUCAUGAGGUCGAAGCAGGGCUUGUUUUAUCACAGCGGUGCUCAAGUUGUAUAUUUCAUCGCUCAUUGCUUGUGGCAGUCUUCGCAGGACGACGCAGGCUCAGCCAACGAGAUCAUGCACGUAAUUUCAAGGAUCUCAGCUCAUCGCUCAUCAUGUAUAUCAAAGGACGCUUGAUACAAGUGCGUGAAAUUCAAAUACUACAAACUUUUACCGUGGGCGGUUUCAAACCUUACAAUGUGUAUAUCUUAGUUUAGAAGGUGUAUCGAAAUGCCACCCGCGGCAGGGUUUUUUGUAUCAUUUUCCCCAUGCCGGUAGAUUAGUAGAAACGUUUUCUAGUGUGAUAUUUUUGAAGUUCAACAUGAACUCUAGAUUAGUGUGAUAUUUCUCAUUACAGAGCCAUAUCAUCGUAAUCAUACGUCCAUUUCUUCGAUUCCACUCCCCACACACACUCAGAUCCCAUAAACCAUUUCAACUUUGACAUUUUAGGGCAACUUAUUAAAAAUCUCUGAUAUUUAUUUUACUCUUAGGUUCCUUUAUUAUAUAUAGUCCGCACUUAAGUUCAAAGUUCAAAACAAAAUGUCUAACAUACAUGCGUGAAAUCUUGCCUACAUUGAAAGAGAUGAAAAUACCCACAUGCUUUGGGCAAACCGGGGCUUUGAAAAAAAUCAUUUAUAUUUGGGCUUUUGGCUUAUAAUCUCAUUCUUAUAGGAAUUCAAAGUAUUCAGACUUGUUCCUGAUACUUUUGAGAUUUAUGAAACUAAGAUUGAAAUCCAGUGUCAAAAUUACAUAACAAGGCACAUUUCAUGAUUGGUUAAGCAUUCAUUUUGUAGUGCACUCGUAGAUUUCACUGUAAGAAUUUGUAGUGCACUUAUAAAUGACGUAAAAAUUAUGUAGUGCACUAGUCAAUGACAAUGUAGAAAACAGACAAUAUUAUCUGUAUUGAAAGAAACAAUGCUAUCCUUUUUUCUAUGCAACCUCUAGUUUAUUUAUAAUGUUAUGUAAUUGGUCCAAGACCAUUAGUUUAAAAUAUCAAUAGUUCAACUUUCAUUAUCACUGCAUGCAACAUUAAUUUACAUGGUUUGAACAAAUAUGGAUAUUUAUAUUAUUAGUUUGUGUUUUUAAUGCAUGUAUUUGUAAAUAUCAAAAUGAAUUGCCGUAUCUAUUGAAUCAAAGCUUAAACAUUUAACUGCUUAUGGUUAUAUUAAUCAAAGUAGAUUAUUAGAGUUUAAGAUUUGCACUUAUUCAAUAAAUGCUGCAUUAUUCAUGAAAUGCCGUGUCCACAAAAAAAAGCUUAGAAAAUAAAAUGUAUGAAUGAGUCAUAUGGGGAAGACGGGGUAAGCAUGAAAUCUGUUGUUUAUAUACCUGUAUUUAUAUGCCUACCAAUCAAACUGGUUAUAUGUAAUAAACUUACUUAUGCAAAAAAAAUAUGUUACAAAAAAUAGAAAAAAAAAUACAAAAUGGAAAAUUGUUAUAAAAAGUAAAACACUUAAAAACUGGUCUCAAUAAUAUUUGUUACAAUACCAUUUGGAAAUGUGUUACCAAAUCCUUACCACAGCAUUAAUUAUUUUGUUGUUCAUAAACUAGCAAUAACAUUCAAUUAUGUAAUUAAUUAUUAAUUAAUGUAUUGUACCUAAUAUUUUUGAUGACCAAACAAAAAAAUUAUAAAACGUGUGAAAAAAAAAUAAAUACAAAAAAAUUGCAAAACGAAAAAAACAAACAAAAAAAAUAUUAAAAUUAGAGGAAGAAAAUCAUAAAAAAAAAUAUAAAAAGUUGAAAAAAUAUAUAUAAAAAAAAUAGUAUAUUUUAUCAGUAAAAUUAAAAAAAAAUACAAAAAAAAGUAAAAAAUCCCUCGGACAUACGGCGACUUGUUCAUGUACAACUCAUUAAUCUGGUUCAUUCCCAUAUCCAAGAUAAUGUGUGAUAUAGGUGUUUAUUGUCCUGUAUUCAUGUUUAGUCACCUUUUUUGUUGUUUUUAGUUAUUGAUAUAAUGUUUUAGUGACUUUUUUCGAAAACAGCUGUAUCAAAUUGGUGCAAUGUUGGGAAUAAUAUAAUCUAUAACUUUGUUUUUAGAGCAAGUUAAUGAUAUACUACCACAAUGUGCUUAAGCAUGCCUUGUAUGUAUCUAUUUAUAAUGUACACAAUGGCUGCAUCUUUUCAAUGAACCUAUGGUAUUUUUUUCUCAAAAGAUAUUUUGAAGUAGUAAUACAUCCAUUUAAAAAAGAUUUGCCAGUACUACAAAGAUUGGGUGAUUUGGGCAGUUCAUUUGUGACAUUGAUGUUAUAAUUAAUGGAAAUUGUUGAUUUUAAGAUGUGUUAUUGAAGGGGGGCUCCAUUAUGUACAAUAUACUAUUAAAAUAAUACAGCAAGAAACGCUAAUGAAAGUUGGUACAUUAGAUAAAUACUGUAAAUGCUUAUAAGUAACCAUUUUACAAGUUAGAUAUGCCUGAAACGCUGUCAGUUUUGGCACAGCUGUUUUCCAAUUUGCUUCACUUUGUAUACUGUAUAAGGUCCCCUUAUAGAUAGAUUGACAUUGUUUUCCCUGUGCUAUGAGAAUUACUAUUUACUAAGGUGAUUAUAUAUUCUGUUACAGUGACAGGCGGGUGAUAAUAUAUUUCCUUCCAUGUUGCUGCGUUAGGGUAACAGGUCGUCUUUCAGUUACAUGUAUAAUUAUUGUUUCAAUAUUCCCAGUUGUUAAAUUAUAAAAAGUUGUAUCUAGAUACCAAUUGUCAGGAACAAAGUUUAAAGCAGUCAACAGAAGGCAUACAAGUCUUACUUGAUCAAGUUUUCUGGGGAUUUUCUUUUAAUUGAGGGGAUUCAAAAUGUCUUAAGAACCUACCAAAGUCCUGUUAAGAUGUGGAGUUCUGCAUUGACCUCUCAUUUUUUAUGGUAAAUUUGUAAAGUUACUUUAAACAAUACAUUCUUUAGUCACCCUUUAAUUUUCAAAUAAUAUGCUAACUGAGUGUAACUCAGUGACAAAUAAUACUGUAAUCUAACCAUUCCUUGUAAGCUCUACUGGCCAAGGGCCAAACGAGCUUAUGCCAUGGCGUGGUGUACGUCGUCCAUGCUUCAGUGAACAAUUGCUUGUACAGUGUUCAGUUUGAAUACAGCAACCUAUACAGUAGUUAGCAAUCCAUGAGAGCCCAGUCCCAUUCUUACAUGACUGGAAUAAGGCCCUUGAAAUGCUGCAGCCCUAGUAGCAUUUAUGUAUUAUUGUAGUAGUUCUUUCCCUUUGCCCUUUAUGAAACAUAUGGUUCACUGAUUGCUUCCCUUUGAAUGUAAGUAGUAUAUAACCAAAAAUUCAUGCCAGUAGAGCAUAGGCCCUUGUUGGCAUUUUCUUUUUAAGUAAUAUCACAUAAUUGGCUCUUAGGCUAUAAAACUGUUAUUGCUUGAAAUACAGUACUAUAUAUUUUGCUAAAUGAAUUGUGUGUGGCUGAUGCCGAACUCCCAUUUCUUAUGUGGCCUUUUCUAAUGUUUACCUUUUGUGUUUAGGUACCAAGAGACAUUCACAUUAUAAGUUAUUUAUUCACAUUGUAAAUAUCAUUAAGAUAUUGCAUUUUAUUUAACGUAUAUACAUGUAGUUUGACACAUGUUGUAAAUAUUUUUUGUACUGAUUUAACGUUUUGUUGCCGUUACAUUAAACUUUACAAGUGUUAAAGUAGGUAGAUUAGAUUUUAAAACGACAUGUGUUGUUUAAUGUAUACUUGAUAUGUGUAUACAAUGUGUGUUGUUAAUGUAUACUCAAUAUGUGUAUACACAUAAGGGAAGGGCGUGUAAAUCAACACGAUAUUACAAGGUCCUGGUCACCAUGUAAACAGUUUACAUUAUGUAUAAACCUAACCCUAAGGACCAGUUUAGGUGUGUUAUGGUAAUAUAUCAAAUUUGAGGCUAUCAUCCUCACGUUUGCCUGGCGUUUUAUUAUGAUUUGACCUAGCUAGAUUACCAUAUCCCUUUCCAAUACCCUACAAAUUAAUACCCUACAAAUUACUAUUAACUUAUAUAAGUUAAAAAGAAUAAAUCACUUUGACAGUUAUUGAAAUAAGAUUUAAUCAACAUCUUGGUUUUUUUUUGGUAUUUGUAUUUUAGAUAUGAUAGUUUGAAAUCACCAAGGAAACAUAGGGCAUUUGCACAUCUGUCUUAGCUUUUAGUUGAGUACAAUUCUAAGCCUGGUGUUUAAGAUAAUGGGUUACAUUCUUGCUAACCACCAAUGAAUAUUUGAUUGUUUGAUAUAACAUGUAGUUCUAAACACAAUGGUGCCAUCUUGUCAUUGAGCGUUCGAUGAAAUAUCGGGUCUUAUAAUGGCGAAAUAUUGUGUGUACAACAAUAUAUCAAGAGUGCAAAGUAUAAAGUGUACAACGAAAUAUCAAGCGUACGACAAAUUAUCAAGUGUUAAACAGAAGAUAAAUCAUAGAACAAAAUACCAAGUUUAUGACAAUAUCGAGCAUACGAAAAAAAUCGUAUGAUCACACAUUUCAGUUGAAAAUUACGUUUAGGUCAUAAAUUGAAUUUGAAUGAGUUACUUACAAAUUCAAACUAGCUCUGUCGUACCUGACCAAUCUAACAAUUUCUUUGGACAAAGGAAAUAUAACUACAAAGGUAUACCGAUUCGAAAAAAUGAUAAUUCGAAAAGCCCAUUAAUAAGAUGGUCCAAUUGUGUAUUUAUAGAAGUGAUUUCCAGUGUAUCUGAUCUGUGAUUUGAAUUGAAAGUGCUAAAAGUAGCUACAAAAAGCAUUGCCCAUUCCAAGCUUAAAGUUCGUAGAAACUUCGUAAAAUUUAUGAUGGUGCCAAAAAUUAUAAGAAAUUAAAAAUGAAAGGAGUAGCUUUAAAAGUGAGUUUGCAAAUUAAAGACAGCAUUUUUUUUUUUUUUUAUAUUUGCAAAUACAUUCCAAGUUUGAGCGAUGUUAUGGGUUCUGCUAAUUUGUAACUGCUUUAUAACAAGUGUGCUAGGUUAAAACAGGGGAUAUAUAGAAGUAUUGUUUUCUUACCAAAUGUUUUGUAGAUAAAUAAUAUAACCUUCCAAAUUUAAUCCAAUACUUCACUCUUUGUUUUCAUACUCAGAUUUGUGAGAGCAAAAAACAUCCGUACUUUGGUAUUUUCUGUUACCAAUACAGUAUAUUCAUAGUUUAUUAGUCAUAUCUGUUAACUUGUGUUUAUGUAUUACAAUUAUUGACUGUGGUAUUUAAGUUUGCUCAGAUUUACAUACACGUAAUGUUUAUGUCAUACUCAAACGUAGAUUUUUAGCUCAUCCGUUUUUCGAAGAAAAAGGUUGAGGUAUUGUCAUACUUCUUGGUGUUGGUGUCGGCGUUGUCAUUGUUGGGCACAAAUCUCAACAUUGGCCAUAACUCAAAAUGGGUUAAAGAUAUUCAGAUCAAACUUGGUACAUAUGUUGCCAGAGACAAUACAAACAUGUAUAGCAAGGUCCGUAACUCUUGCUUUAAUCAUUGUUCAGUUGUGCCCCUUUUUCAACUAUAAAUAAUAGACGAGUGUCGGGUUUGCUUAGCUGAACCCUUGUUGCUUAGUUUAUUUCAGAAGCAUUUAUUUUAUGUUCUUAUAAUGAUUAUUCAAUCAAUUAAGAUUUAUUCAAUAGUAGCAUUAUUUAUCUGUUGCCUAAUCUUACCUAAGUGUCAGCCUUUCAAACUGAUUUGUAUAAUUCGGCGGAUCCUUACAUGGUUAUUGAAAAAAUAUAAAAGAAAACAAAUAUAUUAAAAUUACUGAUUUUAUAUCUGUGUAUUAUUGUGAUAAUUUAAAAAUUGAUCUGAAUGUAUAUGAACUCUUCUCUUAAAACAUGCUCUUUAUUUGAACAAAUUCAAUCAACACACAUAUACAUUUUAAUAUCAGAAGAUAUACAUUUAAAAACCAAAAAAGAAUAGUAAAAAAAAUGUACAAAGACGCAGCAUUUCCUAUCAAAGCCAAAUUUGAAAUUUAAUGGAUUCUCAUAGAUAAAAAUGCUUUAUGUUCUGGCUGUAUGUUUGGCCAAGUAAUUUGAUGAUUACUUAAGUUUAUUGUCUUAGAACAUGUUAUUUAAUUGCUCUUGAAUUAUAUAUGUGUACACUUAAAAUAUUUUGACAUGGUUGAUAGGUAUGCAAGGCAGCACUAUCCAAAUACUUUGUUUUUAAUGGUCUUGCCUAGUUUCUAGUCUUUACAUACUGUUAAAUACCUUGGCUUUGCAGCUUUCUAACUUUGAUGAAAUACAAUAAAAUUAGAAGAAGUAUAAAGUCCAAACAAACAGACAUUUGAUAAAAGUUGUAUUACAAGAUUGAAUAUGUUCCGACAUAAAAUACUGAAGUAUUAUUAGAUUAUGAAAGUCAGAUGCCGUAGAACCAGGCCAGAAAUAGCUCAUAAGAAAUUCAUAUUGUUGUAGGAAUUGAUAAUGUAAAAGAAAUGAACAUUUUAUAUUAAGUUAUGCGAUCAAUGAACAUUUUUGUACACAUUCAUAUAGUGAAGUUUACACUGGGCAUUUUAACUUGUACCAUUGUACAUGUAUGUAGUCUUUGCUUCAUAUGAAUUUAUCAAUGAUCACAUUUUACAUAAACAUGUGUCAAAUACAGUUAGUUCAUGUGAGAUGAUAUUAUGUCAUGUAAUUUAUUUAAGACUGUCUACUGAGAGACAUGUAAGCUUGGAUGCCAAUGUAUGUGUUCAGAUCUUAUCACAGGCAGUAUUUUGUACAUUUGAGAUGGCAUUUUCUGUUCCAUUCGUUAUGGUCAUCACCUGGUAUUGAGUACUGAGGCUAACCUUAAAAAAUUGUGGGUUUCUAGUGGCCCGAGUUUGAUACUUUAAUACCAAGAUAACAGCAUAUAAGGUCAAAACUGAUUUGCUGACUCCAGUUUUAAUGGAAGUUUUUCAGUGUUGAACUUUUGCUCGCUACUUCAAACCUCAAUUUUUAAAGUUGGCCUGACAGAACAGUUUCCAUAUGCCAUUGAUUUGUUGCCAUCUUGUUUUACCUUGGUGCAAAUGAACAGUUCCAGCUACAAUAUAGGCAGCUAUUUUUGGACUGGUACUAUUUAUAUAUUCAAAUUCCAUAGCAACAGUGCAGUGGUGUGUGGUUCCCUAGCAACCAUAUUAUUUCCCAUAGCAACCAACCAUUCCUCCCCCAUGUUCUCAUUCCGGAUCUCUGCUCCUGAGACAUUGCCAUUGUAGAUGUGAUAGCUAAUUCAGGCCCCUUUUCUCCCUGUUUUAACAAGAUUUAAUGUAUUUUUGCUUGAAUUUGUGUCGUGUGAUUGUCUAAAGGAUGAUAGCCAUACUUUGUUUAAUUUUCAUGUAUAUCUUUGGAAUUAUUAUCAGUAAAAGCAUCGCUUGAUUUUAAUGCCAACAACAACUAAAGUCAGCUAUUGCUUUUAUCAACAAGAACAUUGUUUGAUUAUGAUGCCAACAAUAACAAAAGUCAGCUAUUGUUUUAAUAAUUUCUGUUAUUCAACCCUUACCAAUGUAAGAUUAUAAGGAAUUUGUUGCUCAGUUUUUAUUUUUGAACAGACAUUCUGCUAACAUGCUUGUUUUGGGCUUUAAAUAUAUAUAUAUUUUAUUAUUUGGCCUCAGUAUAUUUUGUAGAGCAGCAAUUAAAAUAGUAAUCAAGGUGUUUGUGAGGCACAGAACAGACAACAGAGCCCUCGAGUGUCACGAGCUUUAGUUUGGUGGAGGACCAUUGCUACCAUGGCAACACAGUUGUCAUGGUGAUAAGAGGUCGUCUUGAUCAUGAGCUGUAAUUAGUCAGAAUGGUGAUAUUAAUUGUUAGAAACACUUUUCUGGCCAAGUAUGGCUCAUGAGAUCUUUUUUCUUAUUUAUAUUAAGCCAAACUUAGAGGUAUAUCUUUAUUAUAUUAUGUGGUUAAGAAAGCAGUUUGAUCAAGAUAGAUAUAUGGUUGAUGCUGUUUGCCCUGGUAUAUUGAUAUAGGUUUCUUCAUAUUUUCAUUUAUUAUAGAUUCUGUAACAUUUAUUUGAUUUAUUCAUACAUAAUUUAUUUCUCUUUCUCUGGGCUUUGGCCCUCUGAGGUAGAUUAAACUAGUCAUUAUUUCUAAAUUGUAUAAAAACAGUUUCACUUUCAACUCUAAUUUCUUAUUAUCUCUUGCUCUAAAAUACUUAAAAAACUAUUACAUUUGCUGGUUAGUAACAUGCUCACACUAUUCAUUGAUUCAUUGUUGUUUUUUUGUUACAGUUAAUGCAUUUAUUUAAGUUGCUAUCAGGCGCUUUAUUCACAACACCACUUUGUUACUUUUUUGAUAGUUUAAUUGUUUAUAGAAAAAAUAUUUUUAAAAAGCCAACACCACAUAUUUGUCACAAUAUAUGAUUUUUUAGUUACAAGGAAUAGAUUGUUAGCUUUUAUAACUAGUUUCAAUUUUCCCAUUGAAAAUGGUAUUUGAAAUAAUGUGUUGAAAAUAUUUUUUUAUUGUGGGCAAAUAGUUCUAAUGUGAUACAUUAAAAUGACAACAUUAGGAUAAUUUCAGAAAUAUAUUGUUGCUUAUCUACUGUUCAAAUUAAAUGUUCAAAAACAUUUUUAAAUUUGUCAAGAAUACAAAAAACUUACUGAAACUCUUUUUACAUGAUUCCUAAUAUAUGUCUCUUUUGGGUUAAACUGUAUCACAUUUUGGCUGAUAAAUUGUAUUACAAAUUGUUGACAUUAAUUUUUGUUAAACACUUGUCUAUAGGAAUGUAAUUGUGUUUUUUUGAUAAACUAAGUAUGUCAAUGUGUUUACUUAAACAAUAUAAAGUCUAAUAAUCAUGCCAAAAUAUUGUUAUGAUGUUUUUUUAACUGUUGCUUGUUAAGUAUUGUUAGCUCGUUAUCUAGUACCAAUUAAUGAUAUACCAGCGAUGAUUGUAACGUGACAUGUAAUGUUUUAUAUAGAGAAGUCGUUUAUAUAUAGAGAAGGCGUUUGCUUAACACCAUGUUUUGUUGCUGUUCAGUGUUGCGUUGUUGUUGUUGUGGAUUAGUGGAACCUGUAGGAAAUAGUGUUUUCAUCAGGUGUAGUGAUGUCUUUCCUCUUCAUCUCUUACAAACAGGACUUACAGUGUCGUUCAUGUGGGAUGGUGUUUUACCAUACUUUAACAACAGGUUAAUUGGAAAACCAGCAAAGAGAUGAUCAUACUCAGUGGUUCAUUCUUAAUAUAUCAAAAAAUGUCAAUAUGUUUCCUUCUUUUGAUUAAGAAAUGCUCGGAGUGUUUUUUAAGGCCAUGGUAAAUGUUGCUUUGAAAUUGAAAUUCUUGAGGAGAAAAAAAUGUUUUUUACAAACAAUAAUUCAUAUUUACAAGUUACACAAAGGUUUUUCAAGAAGUGUUGCUGGAAUCAGAAAUGAACGACCCGUGAGCCUUCUUUGUAUGAGAUGUGAUUGAUCAAAGAAUGUUUGUGUUUUGAAGUUAAGUAUAUUUUUGUUGGUAACUAUCAGAAAUAAAAAGUAUACCUCGGGUUUGUUAUAUAUAUAAAGUAAAGAAUGGAGCUAA